UCCAGGCGUGCUGGUCGCCAUGACAACAGAGACAGGCCCCGAUUCUGAGGUGAAGAAGGCUCAGGAGGAGGCCCCCCAACAGCCUGAGGCUGCUGCUGCUGUGACCACGCCUGUGACCCCUGCAGGCCACGGCCACCCAGAGGCCAACUCCAAUGAGAAGCAUCCGCCCCAGCAGGACACCCGGCCUGCUGAACAGAGCCUAGACAUGGAGGAGAAGGACUACUGCGAGGCCGAUGGCCUGUCAGAGAGGACCACGCCCAGCAAGGCCCAGAAGUCACCCCAGAAGAUUGCCAAGAAGUACAAGAGUGCCAUCUGCCGAGUCACUCUGCUCGAUGCCUCUGAGUACGAGUGUGAGGUGGAGAAGCAUGGCCGGGGUCAGGUGCUGUUUGACCUGGUCUGUGAGCACCUCAACCUCCUGGAGAAGGACUACUUUGGCCUGACCUUCUGCGAUGCUGACAGCCAGAAGAACUGGCUGGACCCCUCCAAGGAAAUCAAGAAGCAGAUCCGGAGCAGCCCCUGGAAUUUUGCCUUCACAGUCAAGUUCUACCCCCCUGACCCAGCCCAGCUGACAGAGGAUAUCACAAGGUACUACCUGUGCCUGCAGCUGCGAGCAGACAUCAUCACGGGCCGGCUGCCCUGCUCCUUCGUCACGCACGCCCUGCUGGGCUCCUAUGCUGUGCAGGCUGAGCUUGGCGACUAUGAUGCCGAGGAGCAUGUGGGCAACUAUGUCACUGAGCUCCGCUUUGCCCCGAACCAGACCCGGGAGCUAGAGGAGAGGAUCAUGGAGCUGCACAAGACAUACAGGGGCAUGACUCCGGGGGAAGCAGAGAUCCACUUCCUGGAGAACGCCAAGAAGCUCUCCAUGUAUGGAGUCGAUCUGCACCAUGCCAAGGACUCUGAGGGCAUUGACAUCAUGCUAGGUGUUUGUGCCAAUGGCCUGCUCAUCUACCGGGACCGGCUGAGAAUCAACCGUUUCGCUUGGCCCAAGAUUCUCAAGAUCUCAUACAAGAGGAGUAACUUCUAUAUCAAGAUCCGGCCCGGGGAGUAUGAGCAGUUUGAGAGCACGAUUGGCUUUAAGCUUCCAAACCACCGGUCAGCCAAGAGGCUGUGGAAGGUCUGCAUCGAACACCACACGUUCUUCCGGCUGGUGUCCCCUGAGCCUCCACCCAAGGGUUUCCUGGUGAUGGGCUCCAAGUUCCGGUAUAGUGGAAGAACCCAGGCCCAGACACGCCAGGCCAGUGCUCUCAUUGACCGGCCUGCACCCUUCUUUGAGCGUUCCUCCAGCAAACGGUACACCAUGUCUCGCAGCCUUGAUGGAGCAGAGUUUUCCCGCCCAGCCUCGGUCAGUGAGAACCACGACGCAGGGCCUGAUGGUGACAAGACGGAGGAGGAUGCUGAAUCUGGAGGGCGGCGUUCAGAGGCUGAGGAGGGAGAGAUCAGGACCCCCACCAAGAUCAAGGAACUAAAGCCGGAGCAGGAAACCACGCCAAGACACAAGCAGGAGUUCUUGGACAAGCCAGAGGACGUCCUGCUGAAGCAUCAGGCCAGCAUCAAUGAGCUCAAGAGGACCCUGAAGGAGCCCAACAGCAAGCUGAUCCACCGGGAUCGGGACUGGGAGCGGGAGCGCAGGCUGCCCUCCUCGCCUGCCUCACCUUCUCCCAAGGGAACCCCUGAGAAAGCCAGCGAGCAGUCCCAGAGGACCCAGGACGCCUCCCAGCAGGACUUGGUACCUGGAACAGCCGCAGGCUUGGAAGUGUUCACUCAGAAAAGCCUCGCAGCAUCACCUGAGGGCUCGGAGCAUUGGGUUUUUAUAGAAAGAGAGUACACUAGGCCAGAAGAACUCAGUUUCCUAAUGGUGGCCACCACACAGCAGGAAGAAAAUGAGGCAGUCCUUGCCGAUAUCCUUGCUGAUGGCAGACUCUCCAAGGUAGACAUUCUGGUGGACAAGUUCAAAGUUGAAGUGGCCACUGAAGAAAUGGUGGGGACCAGAAGAGCAAACACUCAGCAGAAAGGGAAAAUGAUCGCAAGUCCAGAAGACUUUGAGUCGGUGUGGAAGGAAGGCCCCUGCGUCGGGGGAGACUCAGCCGGGGCUGCCCCGGCUGCGGGCUGCACAUUGGCAGAUAAGCUGCUUGAGGGCCUUGAGCUCAGGAUGGGUACCAGUGAGGCACUCAUCAGGAACUGCCACGUCUCCGAUGGUCAGCUGGAUGACCAGGUAGAACUGAGGAAGGGGCUGCAGCAGCUGCAGACUUGUGGAAGACCCAUUCCUCCAGGGACCAGGCCAGCAGAGAUGGACAUUUCCUCUCCAGGCUCAGACAAAGCUGAGCUCCAGUCAUUUCUAUUGGAUCCAGUCCAUGCCGAGGCCAGAGCUGACUCAAGUGAUGAGACUGAUACCUCCUUUGUAGAGAGGAGCUUCCAUCUAAAUUAUGAGGGAAAAGAUUCUGAAGACCAAGUCCUUCUUCCACCCGUGGAAAAGAGAGAAGAGCACCUGGAUGCCCCUCCUGGAAGUGAGACCAGGCGGGAGUUGGAGCUCCUAGACAGCUUGGAGCUGAAUUCCUCAGAGCAGAUGGGCUCUGCUGCAGCCUUUGGCAGGAACAAGGAUGAAGCCCAUGAGAUUUCCUCAGAGGAAGGGCCCAGGUCUCUCAGGAGCCAUGGAAGACCGGGUGACCUGCAGGAAGCUUCCCCAGAGCAGAUAUUUGCUGAGGACUUGAAAGAAGCCCAGUCAGAGGUGGAAGGACAGUUUAUUCACACAACAGCCAGUUCAGCCGAAGAGGAAGAGGCCCAUGAGAGUGGAGAUUUAAUGGAAAAGGCUGAGAAGAGUCCCCCAACAAGAAGAAGGAACCGCUUCCCUAAUGGAGUGGGGGGUGUACACCUGGACGCCCAGGCCUGUGCCCUUCUGUGGACUAUCCCUCCUCAGGUGAGGAAGCCAGCCAAACCCGACAGAGCGGACAGAGGCAACUUCCUGCCCAAAGAGAGGGGAGCAGAUCACACCCAAGCCAGAGAACCUGAGACUGGGGACCAUAAGGCCUCAGCACUCCUUCACACAGAGGUGGUCACCCCCUUGCCAACCUCCUCUGCUCACUCAGAGGCUCUGGUAGCUCUGGACGACACUUCUCCAAGCCUGCUCCCUCAGAGGUCAGGGGAACCUUCAGAGCUCAGGGAUCCCUUUGGAGAUCAGCUUCCUGUAUUUCUCAAACAUGUCCGUCCUCCGAAAGAAAGCCUGGAGACCAAGGACCAAGUCAGGUUGGCCAUGUCAUCUAACACAGGAGGUGACCGAAAGGCACCUCCAGUUGUCAGCAGAAAGCCCAGAGUUAUCCCCGGAGAAGGUGAGAGGGUCACACCCCUGGGGUGGAUGUUCCCUGCGGGGAAGCAAAAGGAGAUAACCUCUUUCCAGGCUGGGGUCCAGGAGGGCUCCCUGGAAGACAUUAGCAAGACCUCAGUGGCCAAUAAAAUUCGGAUAUUUGAGACCCACGGAGUUGAGGUUCGCCGAGCCAGUCAGGGUGAAACAAGGGCCUUUUCAAGUGAACCUUCAGAGGCCUCCCCAGGACAGGUAGAGCCACAGUGGAGUAAGCUUUCAGACCUGAGCUCCGUGCAACUCCAGCCCCCAGGGGACUUUGCCAGUCCGAAAGCUACAGAUUCCUCGAUGAUGCCUCAGGCUAACAGACACUUUGUGGAAGGCAUUUCUACCACAUCCCACCAGGAAAGAUGCCCAGAACUGGAGCUCAUGUCCCCUGAUUCGGGCUGCCAAACUGCGCUGGAGGAAACUACUGGGGUAACUGGCCACAACAAAUCCGGAGACGCGGUCAGGGAAGAGCAGCACUUCACCAGCUUAGCAGCAAACGCCCCUGGGAAGGGGGGGCGCCUGAGCUUCGCCAGCCCCUCGGGCCUUCAGAGAGCAGGGCUGAGGGAGGGCUCAGAGGAGAAAGUCAAACCACCACGUCCCCGGGCUGCAGAGAGUGACACAGGAGACGAGGACCAGGACCAGGAGAGGGACGCAGUGUUCCUGAAGGACAACCACCUGGCCAUUGAACGCAAGUGCUCCAGCAUCACGGUCAGCUCUACGUCCAGCCUGGAGGCUGAGGUGGACUUCACGGUUAUCGGCGACUAUCAUGGCAGCGCCUUUGAAGACUUCUCCCGCAGCCUGCCUGAGCUCGACCGGGACAAAAGCGACUCAGAAACCGAGGGCCUGGUAUUCUCCCGGGAUCUCAAGGGGCCUCCCAGCCAGGAUGAUGAGUCUGGGGGCCUUGAGGACAGCCCAGAACGAGGGGCUUGCUCCACCCCGGAUAUGCCCCAGUUUGAGCCUGUGAAAACGGAAACCAUGACUGUCAGCAGCCUGGCCAUUAGGAAGAAGAUUGAGCCAGAGGCUGUACUGCAGAGCAGAAUCUCCACUGUGGACCAUACCCAGGUUGAUGGGAGUGCCCCACUGGGGAAGGAGUUCAUGGCAACCACCCCCUCCAUCACCACAGAGACCAUAUCGACCACCAUGGAGAACAGUCUCAAGUCCGGGAAGGGGGCAGCUGCCAUGAUCCCAGGCCCACAGACGGUGGCCACGGAAAUCCGUUCUCUUUCUCCGAUCAUCGGGAAAGAUGUCCUCACCAGCACCUACGGCGCCACUGCGGAAACCCUCUCAACCUCUACCACCACCCAUGUUACCAAAACUGUGAAGGGAGGGUUUUCUGAGACAAGGAUCGAGAAGCGAAUCAUCAUCACUGGAGACGAAGAUGUUGAUCAAGACCAGGCCCUGGCUUUGGCCAUCAAGGAGGCCAAACUGCAGCACCCUGACAUGCUGGUAACCAAAGCUGUCGUAUACAGAGAAACAGAUCCAUCCCCGGAGGAGAGGGACAAGAAGCCACAGGAAUCCUGACCUCCGUGCAGAGAUGCUGGCAUGUCUGGUCCAACCCAAGCCAGAGAACCAUUAAGAAGGGGCCUUCAUUCUGGAUUCUCCAAUGCCAACACUGAUGUCCCAGCUGCAACGUACUGUCAUUCAUGAGAGACUGGGAAGGGAAAAGCAUAUAUACAUAGAUAUAUAUAGAUAUAGAUAUAUAUACAGGAAACACCGCGUUCUGCACUGCUGCUGGGGCUGGCGGAGCAGUUGGCCAACAGCAACAACCAACAUCUACAGCAACCUACAUUUCCUUUGCAGAAAAAUUGAAGAAUUGGUGGGACUUUUCAGGAAAAAAAAAGUGAUAACGACCAUAAUCCCUUGUUUGUCCCUUUCCCCUGCCAAACCACAAAAGCAAGCCAGACCACAACGAUUGUAGGAGCACCGUUCAACGCUGGGUGCACGCGGUCUGGUGGGUGGACGAACAUCCCAUUUGCUCUUCUCCAGUACCUGUUGCCCCCUUGAAUGCAAAGGAAAAUGGUGGUGCAGCCAAGCAAGAGAAGUCACAGCAGCAAGACACGCACAGUCAACCAUUUUCUGAGAAAGAAAGGAAAAAUCUCCCACUUGGAAAGGAGGAGGAGGAACACUGGAUUAUUAUUUUCUGGGUCUUGACACUGGGCUGCAAAAUCCCCCUUCUUUUCUUGCACCCUCCCUCACCUCAGCUCCCACAUGCCUCGUCAUUUUCUGUCUCAGCUCCCUCCUCCUCCUGCCCUGUCCACACCCCUCCCAGUCUGUGUCCUGGUCCUGCUGAGGGCCCCUGCAGAUGACUCUCAUUUGAACUGAGAAAAAGGAAAGAAAGCAGGAACAGAAAACAAAGCCACAGGAAGGGAAGUAGACAUUGUAUGUGUCUGGUUUCUCAUGAUGAAGGUGCAGCUCAUAGGAGAUUUGUAUGGAUGUGCUUUUAAGUUAUGUAUAUUACAUAUAACAGGAAACAAAUAUUAAAAUAAACAGUGCUGGUAAGUAUGAAGCUGACAUUUUAAAAUUAUAAUUAUCAGACUGUGAUUGAUGUAUCCCAAGGUUCCUAGAUCUUGCUGAACUGGCCCAGCUGAGGAGACCUGAACUCCAGGGGUGGCUGGCUCCCAGUAGGGGCAGACGGGUUCAGCGUAGUAAUACUGUGUGUGGUGUUUGUAAUUGGGUGGUUGGUGGGAAGAGUAGGGCCCGCCCAGUGGAGGCAGGGGUUAAGCAAGAGGGAGCAACACAGACAUAGUCCUGAAUAUGCUGGUCCAAGAUGCCUUCUCCCCAGCAGUAGCAGCCGGGCCUGGUCUGUGCUAGGACCUGGGGUCCGGAGUCAGGACUCUGCUGCUGAGUCCCCACAGUAGAGGUCCCCUGUCUCAGUCCUCCUACCUCCCUAGGGGGCUUGCCUUGGUUUGCAGUCUUCUCUUUUUUUGUUUUAUUUUACCUUAUUUUAUUUUUUUGCCAUGUCUUGCCCUUCCCUGACCACACUGUCAUUCCCUGACCCUGAGCAGCACCACCCCCAAAGGGAGGUGGUGCCCUGGCCAAGGGAACCACCUGGCUCUAGAAGGUAGUGGCUUUAAUGUGGCUCUUUGGAAAUGCCCAGCUGAGUCCUCUCGUCCUCCUCUUCCAUAGUCUGAGUCAUUCUGUUCUUUCUGGGCCGAAAAGGCCGUGAACCCAGGGUAGCCCCUGACAGAUCAAAACUGCAUUUCCAAAGGCUUCACCUACCGCAGGACAACAGACAGGGAAGACAGUGUUGCCAGAAGCUCUGACUUGGCAGCCUUCUUUAGUCAGUGCUGAGCGUGGAGCCCGUGUUCUUGGAGUCCCCCAGAUCGCCUCAAGACCUCAGGAGCCCUUGGAGAAACCCUGUCACGUGCUUGGCAUUGCCCUCUGGCACAUGUGAGCUUCCUCAGGCUUACUGGCCACAAGCCACUUCCCUGAGCUCAGGAAGUGUCCCUUGCUAAGGGAAAAUGUCCCACAGUGCUUUAAUUUUUCAGCCUCUUUUUCACCUCCCAGUGGAUAAAUUUAUUCAAGAAAUAUUUAUUGAGUACCCACUCAUGCCAGGCACUGUUCUCAGGCGGAAGAAGAAAGUGUGAAGGGGGAGGAGGGACCCAGGAAACCACCUGACCAGCCUUAAAUUCCCAACCGUGGCUGGCUCAUCUGAGCGCAUUUCCCCUCUCCCUCCAACCUAUUGGUUAUUGCCUAGGGAUGUCCCCCAGAGGGCCCAGGCUAUAUGCACCCGCUGUGGCUUGUUCAUCUGUUCCCAUAUGACAUAUAACUUAGCUACUUAGCUGGUGCUGGCCUGAAGCAGGGCAAGAAACUAGAAUAGCUUCUACCUCUGCAGGCAAAUGGGAAGUACAGCGAGGCUCUCAGAUGGCAGAGUCAGCCACGUCCCCUCAGUGCCGGCCAGCAGAACCACUGCACUCCCCAAGUACAGCAGCACACUUUCCUGUACCAGGUUCUCUCUGCAGUCUUGGUGGGGAAGCCUCUGAACUUCUUUCUUGCCCUUCUCAAAAAACCUCCCACUUUUUCUGGACCAGGAGCUGGAGUGGCUCCAUUUCUGGGCUACGCGGAAUUCAGCUCAGGUCCCCCUGUUUUUGCAGGAACCAGGUGUCCCAAGCAUACUAGACACACCUCAGAGGGAGACUCUGUUUGGGGGUUUCCAUCUGCUGACAGGGCAGGGUUGAUGUGACCAAGUUUAGCUUGUGGGUCACCUGAGUUUGGGGAGGUCCCCAUCCCAUAGAUGCUCUGACUUUCCUUCCACGGAGAGGCAGGCAGCACCACCAGGGAGGAGGGGCCUGCAAAGCUAAAAUCUAGGACACUGUUUCCUCCUCCUCCUCCUCUCCAUAGGGAAUAGAACUGUUUGUCUCAUCUGUCUUCAACCUAUUUUCCUUUUUUUUCUUUUUGCCACUUUCUCGUCCUCUCUGUGCCACCUCUACAUCCAAGAGGCCAGGUAAUAUAGUGGGAAAAGUCCCAGAGAGCAGUCAGGAUUCUGAGAAACCAUCCUGGCUCAGCCCCUAACUCAUCAUGUGACAUUGGGCUAGCCGCAUUCCCUUUUGGAGCCUCAGUUUCCCCACUUGCAAAAUGAGUGGUGUAAACUCGAAGCUCUCCAGGGUUUUUUCCACUCUGCCAUCUUACAGACCUUUAUUUGUUCUCAUUUCGCUUUUUCUGGAUCUUUUCCAUCUGAGAGUACAGGAAGUGCCAAGACCUGUUUCUGUUUUUGAAUCCUGCAAGCACAUUCCAAGACUGGCCUGAAAUUGCAUGAGCAACAUCACUCUAAAUAAUUUUUUUCAAAAGCACUUUACCAACCAACUGCAAUGCUGUCCUGUUCCUUUUUACUCACACCCCUUUCUCUUCUCUUGCCCCCUGCUCCCCCCACCUCAGUGCUCUGUGCUGUAUGCGUGUGCUCUCUGUUCUUGUAUACUCAAUAAAAGUGAAAUAAAUGUGUUUGAUGCUGAACCACA